AAAAGAAAAGAAACUUCCGGCAACACGUCCCCGCUGUUGUUGUUGUGGCUCGGCUGCUCAGCCCGUCAUGGCGUCCGGGCCGUUGGGUCUUCCGUCUUCAGGCUCCGCCAGACGUGUUGGGUUAUGUGGCGAUGCCCAUGCUAAUGUCGGGCCGUCAACUGGCUCGGUGAAGAGGGACUCUGCCUAGCAACGGUAGGUGACUUACGAUGUAAUCGCGGAUCGAUCGCCCGAGAUCUGUCCGCCCGAAGCCGCUUGACGUCAGGCUCGAAGGCGCUCGGACUCCUCAGCAUGAAGAAGAGACGACACACGUGCCUGAUAGCGGCCACCAUGGCCACGAUAUUUUUGCUUCUACUGGUGUUAUACGGCACCAUGGAGAGGCACCCGGAAGGCACCACCUUAAGGCGUGAUUACCAGCUGCUUGGGAGACCUCUCUACAAACUAGACAUAGCCUGGCCCAAAUACCCGGAACUCUUCUCUGGGGUUGUCUUCGGAGUGGCAGUCGAUCAGUAUGCUGGGGUGGUGUAUGUGGCACAGAGGGGGGAAACUGUGCCCAAAGUGCUGGUAUUCUCCUCGGAUGGAGAUUUCCUGAUGGCCUGGAAUACAACCACUUUGGAGAUGCCUCAUGGGAUAUUUGUCGCUAACACUGUCCCAUCCAACCCCACAAUUUGGAUUACAGAUGUGGGGAACGGUCCAUAUGGCCACUGCAUCAAACAGUACUCACCCUCUGGGAAGCUUCUGCAGGUGCUGGGCACACCGGGAAAGGCUGGGUCCGGGUUAAACCCUCCGGAGUUCGACCAGCCGGCUGAAAUAUUUGUCCACGGUUCUGGGGAGAUAUACAUCGUUGAUGGCGACGGGGGAAUGAAUAACCGCCUCAUCAAGCUGUCGGAGAAUCAUGAGGUGCUGUGGGUUCAUGGAGAGAGAGGUGAGGGCCUAGCACAGUUCUACAUCCCCCACAGCGUAACUGUGGAUGGCUACCACAGAGUGUGGGUGGCCGACCGAGGCAACAAAAGAAUCCAGGUGUUUAACUCCAUCACCGGGGACUGGCUGGGCACUUGGGGGAGCUGCUUCACCGAGGACGCGCCCUACUCCGUCCGACUGACAUCGGACAAAAAGUACUUUGUUGUGGUUCAGCUAAACACUAACCAGAUCUCACUGCUGGAUGCACCUCCUGUGGGCGUGAUUGGUCAGUGCCGGUUGGUCAGCGUGAUCCAGUUAGCAGAUGAAGUCAAGCCCCACCUGGUGGACCUAGACCUGAACACGGGUUCUCUGUAUGUAGCAGAGAUUGGAGCCCAGCAAGUGCAGAAGUUUACACCGUUUAAUUUGGCAGGGGGGUUCGUGUAAAGCGGUGGCAGGCAAGCGUGUGCCUUGGAGGGCCAUUUGCCUCCAGGUUUUUACUCCAACCACACCUACCGAAUUUGGUAAUUCGUUAGUUUAACACACGUCCAACCAGAAAGGUGGACUGCAUAUGAAAUCAGCUGGUGUGGUGUCAGGUUAGAAUGAAAACCUGCAGUCACAUGACCCUCGGUGGGAUCCUGGGACUCACUGCUGCUGUGCAACAGGGCCGAUUGAUUGGACGAGAAUGUGAUUAUUGAAAAUGCAACAUUGACUACUACAAUUUCCAAUUAGCAAAUGUUUCUCCCUGGGAAAAGUCUGACAUGGACAGCCUCCUAGACAAGACAUUCUGGCUUCUGCUAUCCGUUCUUUCCCCAAAUUGAGUAAAUCCUAAGCAUAAUCGCUUAUGUCUUGUUUUACCAGUACGCUUUUGAAGAGAACAACUAGAAUAAGAUAAUCUAGGCAUGAUAUGACUCUCCUUGCAAUCACAACAUUCAUAAAAUGAUUUUUUUUGUACACUUGUGCAGCUUUACUGUAGCUAUUGAGGAGAAAAGCAAAAAGUAAGGGGCUUUGCUAUCAUCACAGUGGGUUAGAUCACCAGAUCACUAUGUAUGCUGGCACCCUUCAAAGAUCUGGUCAUAGUUUUAAUUUGAAGAUAAUAAUUAUUUUUUAGUUAUUUACACAUGGUAUAGAAUUUGGUGUUCUGCAUGUUGCAUGUGACAGACCAAAAGAGCGGAAUGGGCUGGUAAAGCACACCGCUGUGCAUAUGCCCUACGCCCCAAAAAGUACCAUCCAUCCAUCCAUCCAUUAUCCAAACCGCUUAUCAGGGUGGCGGGGAUGCUGGAGCCUGUCCCAGCAGUACACUGGGUGGCAGGUGGGGAGACACCCUGGACAGGCCGCCAGGUCAUACCAAUUAAAAUAAUUUAGAUCAUUGUUGGAAUAGCUUGAAAAACACAUCGCAUCUCAUAAAUAAGACAAAAAUGCCAGAGUGGUGACAUUUGUCUUUCAUCAUUUUGUACACACACCUUUGUAUUGGUGUGCUAUUCAGAUUUGGCAUAUUUGCCAAAAAAAAAAAGAAAGAGGACAUCCGGGUAGCGUAGUGGUCUAUUCCAUUGCCUACCAACACGGGGAUCGUUGGUUCGAAUCCCCGUGUUACCUCCAGCUUGGUCGGGCGUCCCUACAGACACAAAUGGCCGUGUCUAUGGUUGGGAAGCUGGAUGUGGGUGUGUGUCCUGGUCGCUACACUAGCACCUCCUCUGGUCGGUUGGGGCACCUGUUUGGGGGGGGGGGACUGGAGGGAAUAGCGUGAUCCUCCCACGUGCUACGUCCCCCUGGAGAAACUCCUCACUGUCAGGCGAAAAGAGGCGGCCGGUGACUCCACAUGUAUCAGAGGAAACAUGUAGUAGUCUGGAGCCCUCCCCGGAUCAGCAGAGGGGGCGGAGCAGCAGAGACCGGGACGGCUCGGAAAAUAGGGUAAUUGGCCAAGUACAAUUGGGGAGAAAAAAAAGGGGAGGGUUUAAAAAAAAAAAGAGAAAAAAGGCUCUAAUCUGAUGACCUUGUGGUCAGGGGCCCUUCAGGAUUACACAGCCUCAGGUUGGGGAUCUUAUUCAUAAGCCCUGCCUGUUGUUGCUUCUCACUGCAGCCAGAGGGAAGACACUACCAGCCAUUCAUCGUCUUUCUCUCCCACAGCUAAUGCUGCAAGACAGAGACUUGGAUAUAAUCGUACCAAAAUCAUACCAACAUCAUACCAAAAUCAUACCAACAUCAUACCAAAAUCAUACCAAAACAGCAACCUGUUAACUUGAGCUGAACAUCACAUGCUUGCAUUUCUUGCCAGCGCUCAUCACAUCCGAGAGUGUUCUGAAGCGUCCAUCACCAUCCUGCAUAUGAUGCUUGGUCCUCCCACCAUUUGUGUAUCAAGUCAUUCACUUAAAACCACUUAUAUUAGCUUAUUAAUGUUUUAAACGGAUGUAAAUGAUCUUCCAGCUUCUCUUCUUCGCCCCUGUAACAUGCUGAUCAAGACAACAAACAUCUGGGCACAGUGGUGUCCAGAUGUGGCUUGCCUCUACUCUACUCGUUCACCAUUAGUGCCAUUUUGCUUCUUUUUGUUUCUAAGUUGGAGAAUUAGCAGAUGUUUAGUUUUUAAUCCGUUGCUAUUUUUAUGAAUGUUAAUGUGUAAGUUAUUGAAGUGCCAUGGCCCAGUUCUGUCGGCAGGCUUCCAUCACGGCUUGACCAGACGGCACCAGGCUCGGCACCCUGCGGUGCUGCACAGCUGACUGACGGAUGCCCCUCGUCACGUGACCCGGUGUCUGCGUACAUCACCGUGUCAUCUGCAUAUUGCUUCAACUUCAGCGCUGAGACAGCGAGGAGCGGCGGAGAGCACUGCUCCUCCUCCUCCCUCCUGCACAAGGCUUUUACAUGUAUGUGAAUCCUCAAACACAGCACCGCUCUACUACUGGACCGGCCCUCUCAGCCCCCUCUUCUUCCCCACAGUUGAUCCCUGACUGGAUGUGAGCGCCGAUUCCCUCCAGUGAGUCGGUCAGCUCCAGUGGACAAGUGUUUGUAGGAGUCCUGAGCAGUAGGAGGUCUCAGACUGGAUCCCCGUGUGUCGGAAAUGCUGUCGCUAAUUCCUGUUGCACUACUUUCUUUUUUAAAUCCUUCCAUAAGAAUAAAAUGCCUCUUCUUCA